AGGAUAGAGUUCGAUGCAACGAUGCAGAUGUCACACCAAACGGUGACUCCGCCGCCAGCAAGCGACGAUGGCUCUCGCAGCAGCAGUAGCAAUACCGCCACCGUGGAGGCGCCACCCCCAGCGAAGAAGCCAAGGGCAGAGGCAGGUCCUCACACCAAGCACACACCAACACCGCUCUCCUCUCCGCUAACCCUCUCGCCAGACGCCAUGCCCACGAGUAAUGCGCUGCUCACGGCGCGGCUCAAAAGGGAGAUAAAGAAAAUCUGGGCGGCUGAGCGCUCUGCCUCGGCUUCCGCUACUUCCUUGACUGACACCGUGAGAAACAGCAGUGGUAACAUUGCCUCGCUUAUUCCACCCUUCAAGGUCGGCACCACAGAAAUGUAUCGUCGCUUCCCUCAAGCCUACGACCUCCUCAUGCACCACCACAACUGCAGUGCGCUGCAGACGGUACUGUUGCGCGACAUCAUCGGCCGCAUCGAGUCCGCAGCUGCACGCGCCGUCUCGACAGAGGAGAACGCGCAACCGCAGCCGCCGUGGAUACGCGUUGCUGAUUUCGGCUGCGGCACCGGUCGCAUUGAGGCGAUGGCGGCGCAGCACCGAGCCGUGCAAGCGAUCUACGCCUACGAUAACGAGGUAGCCAUGUUGCAGCAGUGUCUUCUGAAUACGGUGCGUAGCGCUGCGCGGUCGCAACACUAUCGCGGUGUAUCCUUGAGCCCUGCCGCGACGACCAUCCCCUCGCCUUCGUCGUCCUCUUCCGCCCCCCUGCCCUCUAUUGAGAUUUGUGCGGAGGACAGUGGUAGGUGUGACACGGCGACGACGGCGAAGGAAGGCGCCGUCGGGCGUGACACGCCAGCGAUGCUGCAGCUGUGUGUGCGGCCCGUUCCUUUUCAAGCCAUUCAAGACGGCUUUCUCGCCGCGACGCACCACCCACGCUGUUCGUUGAUGGUCUGCGCGUGGUCGUUGUCCUAUGUCAUGCGCAUGCAGUGGGGCGAGGAUCACUGGCACGCCGCGGUGGAUGCCGUGGUGGAGGCGAUGAUACAUCGUUUAGACACCCGCGCUUCCGAUGCCGCCAUCGUCAUCGUGGAAACACUUGGGAACGGGUCAGCGGAGCCGACGCGCCAGAACACCUACACGCAACGGCUGGAAGACCACUUUGGUUUCACGCGGACGUGGGUGCGCACGGACUACGAGUUUGCGACGAAGGCGGAUGCCGAGCGCAUGGUGCGCUUCUUCUUCGGUGGAAAGAUGCUGUCGAGGCUGACGAUGGAUCCCGAUGGUGUGAAGUGGCGUUUGAUGGAGUGCACUGGCAUCUGGACGCUGUGGAAGACAAGGCAGCAAUGA